AUGUUCUUCGGCGCCUCUAGAUAAAACUGAAGCUCUCUCUAUCUCUAUCUCUUUCUCCCUAUCUCUAUCUGUAUAUAUAUAUAUUAUAUAUACACGCUUACGCGAGAAAGAGAGAAAGUUGGUCCUUCUCAUGGCUAAGGAACCUGCGAUGAGGUGCAAAGACAAUGGACAUGACUCAACUACUUGCAAUUGUUGUACCAGCAUUAGGUUAUUUGGGGUACAGAUCAACGUUGCAGAUGAUAAUGGAAAGAAAAAUGGGGAAUCCCUUAUGAGAAAGAGUAAAAGUUUGGGAAAUUUAGAAGAUUGCAACGUGGAAAAUAAUCUGGUUGAGGCCGGAUAUCACUCUGAUGGAUUUAUGCAUCAAUCUUCUAUAUCCAAAGAAGCCCAAGAAAGGAAAAGAGGGAAGCCAUGGUCUGAGGAAGAGCACAGGUCUUUUCUAGUUGGUUUGGAAAAGCUUGGAAAAGGAGACUGGAAAGGAAUUUCCAAAAACUAUGUUCCAUCAAGGAACUCUUCCCAAGUUGCUAGCCAUGCACAGAAGUAUUUCAUCAGAUUAUCAGCAACUGAAAAGAAAAGGCGUCGAUCGAGUGUUUUCGACAUUUCACUCACCGAAAAGGCUAGUAGCUCAGAUGCUACCUUGAAGAACCUUAGCGAAUUCGAAAUACAGGCCAGCAUGCAACCUCCUGUAACAACAUCUGAGAAACCUCCUCUUUCACCAAUGCCUAAACUACAUGGAAUUACCAAUUUUCGUCAUGUGGCACCAUACAUGAAUUAUGUUUCUCUACCUACUUUGGAUCGAACAUUCGCGAUGUGUGCACCGUUCAGGCCUCAGCCAGAGAGUUAUAUAUUAAGAUGGCCACUUCAUAUAGGAGCAUCAUCUCAAGCAGGCCCUUCAACUGGAGUUGCUAAAAAAAAUGCCCUGAAUCUCAGCUUUAGAAUGCUGGAACUAUAAUGUAUUGACUAGCUAUUUUUCAUUUUUCAGACUGUUUUGUAGCAAUCAAGUCACAAUGAGUCAAGUUUCAUGUUUAAAUUAUGUCACAGAAUUUACAAAAUUUAUUACAACGUUUGCAAUACGAAUUUUGAGACGUCA